CUGGUAAUAUACGUUGCAGAUCACUUGCGACGGCGCCUGGAGCCAUUAUUAAAUUUUGAGCAACGUUCUUUGGCCACUCCAUUCAGUGUGCAGGAAAUUAUCAAUAUUUUGAGAGAGGAGCGUGCCGAAGAUAUUGUUUGUAUCAGAGUACCGGUGCCUGGUUUUGCGGAUAAGAAUAUUGUUAUUUGCACGCCCCACAAUACCCGACACAGCGAAGCGAUGAUGCUGGCUAUUCGCAAGUGUUUCAAGCUGAAAACAAACUGUGAGGUGGUGCCACCAAGGAAAAGCAAGGUUGGUAGAUGGCUGUGCUACAGUUUUGGAAAUAUUGUUUUACAUAUGAUGUCGCGAGAUGCACGCUUAAAAUAUGAUCUUGAAAGUCUUUGGGGUGUUGGAUGGGAAGAGAUGCCAGAAGAUGAAUUCACCAUUCCUACUCCUCCCACAUCAGUUAGUCCGUGGUAGCU